AUGAAGGAACCGAAGUAUAGUUCUUAUUGCAAGGUCGACAAAUCCCUCCUUGUUGGAGGAAAAGUAGAUACAAUACUAAAACGAAUCUCCUCAGAUGCCGAUAUUGAUGGUGAUAAUGAUAUGUUGGUAGGACAACAAGCAAACUUCACCGAACUGCCUAGUCUUGAUAUGUUUAGUGAUUUCCAGAGUGUCUUAUCACACCACCAAUGUAUGAUUAAUACUAACAGAGAUGAAGUUUGUUUUACUGAUGCUGUACCUUAUAUAAGAACAUCAGCACAUCCUAUGGAAGAUAUAACAUCUAUAGUACUCUGGCACAAAGAAAAUGCUGUGUCUGUACAGAUUGACAUUUAUGAGGUUCCAGAGAUUAAACCAAUUGUUAAUCGUAAAUAUCCUAAUGAAUUGUAUUAUGACACCAUGGAAAUUAACCUAGGAAGCGACACAAAACGUAAUACUGAUUCGCUUAAGAUUAUUUGGUAA